GAGAUUUUACGCACCGAGCCGUGAGGGUUUUCUCUCUCUCUCUCUCUCUCUGUGUGUCUCUCCUGUAAGCUCAUCCAGGACUCAGAACGAGCGCGCGCCCGCAAAUUCGUUAUUUUUUUUAAAGCGUUCGAUUGCGUAAGUGGAUGAAAUAACAUCAAACGAAAAGAGCUGGGGUUCGUUUUGCCGAGGCUCGCUUUGAUGUCUGACACUGAAGAACUUAUGGGUGGCUUGUUGUUCUGCGCUCCACCGGCGAGAUAGCCACGAUUUGUCAUUGAUUUAUUUAUUUAUUUAUUAGCAUUAUCAUUGUUAUUUAUUGUUAUUAUUAUAAGUGAUAAUAAUAUUGUUAUUAUAUGUAAUUCUUUUGUACAUUUGCAUUCGAGUGCACAGCAUCCGUGCAUUGCGGCUGGAUCUGAAUAAUUCAUUCCGUGCAACAAAACAAGAAGAGAGAGAAAGACAAGAAGAGCAAGGAAGGAAAGAAGGAAGGAAGGACUGGGGAAGGGAAAAAAAUAAUAAAUCCGAUCAUUUUUUUGCAGCCUGAUUCGUUAGUUUUGCGCUAAAGAACAACCAGCCCCGGGAUUGUGAUCUCCAGAUCCAUUUGGAGAAAUGCAGUGAUUUUUUUCUUCUUCUUUCCCUGCUGCGUUUUUUUUUUCUCCCCUUCUUCCCCGAUUCACGGCCAUCAUGUGCAAUCUGGUCUGAAUAUUCAUCCAGGAAGAGGAGAUCUGAAGGACUGAAGCUCUUCCUCAAGCUGUCUGCUCUGUAGUCUUCCUGUGCUGAGGUGGUUGUGGGAGUGACUGAGGUCAAAGGUCAUUUCAAAGGUCAUUUCAAGAUGAGUGAGCUGGAGCAGCUUCGACAGGAGGCUGAGCAGCUGAAGAACCAGAUACGAGAUGCAAGGAAAGCAUGUGGAGACUCUACACUUACUCAGAUAACGGCAGGGCUGGACCCGGUGGGAAGGAUUCAGAUGCGGACACGGCGUACUCUCAGAGGUCAUUUAGCCAAAAUCUACGCCAUGCACUGGGGCACUGAUUCGAGGCUCUUGGUCAGCGCUUCACAAGAUGGCAAACUCAUCAUCUGGGACAGUUACACCACUAACAAGAUCCAUGCCAUCCCGCUGCGCUCGUCAUGGGUGAUGACGUGCGCUUACGCUCCAUCUGGAAACUUUGUUGCCUGCGGCGGUCUGGACAACAUCUGCUCCAUCUACAGCCUGAAGACUCGCGAGGGCAACGUGCGCGUCAGCCGAGAGCUCCCCGGACACACGGGUUACCUGUCCUGCUGUCGGUUCAUCGAUGACAACCAGAUUAUCACAAGUUCAGGAGACACCACCUGUGCUCUGUGGGACAUCGAGACAGGCCAGCAGACAACGGUGUUCUCAGGUCACAGCGGAGACGUGAUGAGUUUGUCUUUGUCUCCGGAUUCGCGCACCUUUAUUUCAGGAGCUUGUGACGCCUCGAUCAAACUGUGGGACGCCAGAGACAGCAUGUGCAGACAGACGUUUACGGGCCACGAGUCCGAUAUCAACGCCGUGUGUUUCUUCCCCAGCGGCAGUGCAUUUGCCACAGGCUCGGAUGAUGCUACAUGCCGUCUGUUUGACCUGCGUGCCGAUCAGGAGCUCGGUCUUUACUCGCACGAUAACAUCAUCUGCGGCAUCACGUCGGUGGCGUUCUCACGUUCUGGCCGUCUGCUGCUUGCAGGCUAUGAUGACUUCAACUGCAACAUCUGGGAUGCAAUGAAAGGAGACCGUGCAGGAGUCCUAGCCGGCCAUGACAAUCGCGUGAGCUGUCUCGGUGUGACCGACGACGGCAUGGCUGUGUGCACUGGUUCCUGGGACAGCUUCCUCAAGAUCUGGAACUGACAUUCCCCCCCCCUCUCUCUCUCUAUCUCUCUUUCUCUCCCUCACACACAACCACACACUGUAUGCCUGAUUUAUUAAAGUAACACAAAAACACACACACAAACUUGGACGCAUAUUGUACAUAAUAUAUUCUGCCAACUAGGUAUCUUGAGUUUACUAUGGUAACUGCUUUGUAUACAUAAGCGCACCUGAAUCUGCACACCAUUAACUGUGGAUGCAGCUCCCAGGUUUGACCCACUGAAGCUACACACGAAUGUUCUUUCUUUAUUUCUUUCUCUUUUCUCGUGCACACACACACACAAACACUCUGUACAUGUUUGCGGAGGACUUAAACACAAUGUAGAAUAUAUAAACACAAAAAGAAGAAGAAAAAAAAAAAACACCACCACCACACACUCGGAGGGAAAAGACAAAUGAGAUUGGUUGAAGUCUAAUACUUUGGGAUUGCAUUUAUGCUUAUUUGAACGCACCGAUCACGGAUAGAGAAGAUGGAAUGUUUGUUUCUUUUUUUUUUUUUCGAACGCCGUUUUCAAUUUAGACGUGUCUGAAACGGGACAUGUGCCGAUAAGUGGUUAAUACUGUACGAUUCCACAGCGAUGUUAUAAAUACAGUGUCUUGCAUUUGGGAUCGUUUGCUCUUUGACUAGCUGGAUGACUGUACUUGACAGCCAGGCGUCUCAGACAUUAGCGUCACUGUAUAAAAGUCAGUUUAAUGCUAAAUGAACGGGAAGCAUUUUUGCAGCGAUGAAAGGAGUCCAAGCACUUUGAGCUGAUCAGGGAAUCACCUGAUAAGGAAAUGAUAACCCUUGUUUUUUUUUGCCCUGAGAUGAUUUAAAAAAAAUAAAUACAGUAUAUAUAUAUAUUUUUUAAAUGGUACUUAGAUGCAGCUUGAUUGGACAACAAUGAUCAACGACUUGCUUUUUGUUUUUGUUUUCCAAUGAUUAGGUCAUCAUUGGAAGCCCUCGGAGAUGUUGCUGACAAACCAUUUCACAUUUAAGUACCAUUUAAGCACAUGAUGCUUAGGUUGCCUUGAGACAUCUUAAUCUUAAAGUCGCGCUGAGAGAGAACAUGUACAAUUUUGGUAUUAACCUGCGUUCAGUAUCGGCACAUGACCAGAGUAUCUCAACAUCCUACCGACCGACUAAAAGAAAGACUGAAGAAUAGAAGCACGUGUUUAAAGUACGACAGGAUUUUUCCAUCAAGCCCAAUCGUUUUAGGUGACUGAAAUUUUGCAACUUCAUUUUAAAAUAGGAACCUGUGGCAUAUAUAUACGGUGCAAGUAAAUAUUUUAUUUUUUGUUUUGGUUUGUUUGAAUGUUUUGUUUAUAUUCUGAUUUUCUAUGCUUAUUUUAUUCAUGUGUUUUCCUGCGUGCCUCAGAUAACACUGUAAGGACAAUAAAUAAAAGUGUAAAAAACAAACAAACAAAAAAC